AUGGCAGCUUUACAAGAAAAAAAGACGUGCAGCCAGAGGAUGGAGGAAUUCCGGCACUACUGCUGGAACCCAGACACGGGGCAGAUGCUGGGCCGGACUCUGUCUAGGUGGGUGUGGAUCAGCCUCUACUACGUGGCUUUCUACGUGGUGAUGACUGGCCUCUUUGCACUCUCCAUUUACACGUUAAUGUGGACACUCGACCCCUACACACCAGACUACCAGGAUCAAUUAAAAUCACCAGGAGUCACCUUAAGGCCAGAUGUUUACGGAGAGAAAGGCCUGGAAAUUUUCUACAAUGUUUCUAAUAACAGAACCUGGACAGACCUCACAUACACUCUUCACAAGUUCCUGGCAGCCUACUCGCCAGCAGUCCAGGAGGCCAACAGAAACUGCUCUUCGGAGGAAUACUACUUCCAGGAAAGUUUUGAGGCUCCUAACCACACCAAGUACUCCUGCAAGUUCACGGCUGAUAUGCUGCAAAACUGCUCGGGUCUGACGGAACCGUACUUCGGGUUUAAAGAAGGAAAGCCGUGCUUCAUUAUUAAAAUGAACAGGAUCGUCAGAUUUCUCCCCGGCAACAGCACUGCGCCGCCCAAAGUGGACUGCGCAUUCCUAGACAUCCCACCCCUGGAGGUCGCCUACUACCCACCCAAGGGCACCUUCAGCCUGCACUACUUCCCCUACUAUGGCAAGAAAGCUCAGCCUCAAUACAGGAACCCUUUGGUGGCAGCGAAAUUCCUCAACAUCCCCAAGAAUACAGAGGUUAUCAUCGUGUGCAAAAUCCUUGCGGAACAUGUUACCUUUGACAACCCCCAUGACCCGUAUGAGGGAAAGGUGGAGUUCAAGCUUAAGAUUGAGAAGUAA